AAGUAAAAGCAUCACAAUGGGCAGGAUCGUUUUCUACGAGGAGAGGAACUUCCAGGGCCGCUCCUACGAGUGCAGCAGCGACUGCUCCGACGUCCACAUGCACCUGAACCGCUGCAACUCCUGCAGGGUGGACAACGGCUGCUUCGUGGUGUACGACCGCCCCAACUUCAUGGGCAACCAGGUCUUCCUGCGCAGGGGGGAGUACCCCAACUUCCAGUUCAUGGGGAGCAUGAUGGGCCUGAUGGGCAUGGCCACGAUGGACACCAUCCGCUCCUGCCGCAUCAUCCCCAUGCACCGCGGCCAGUUCAGGAUGAGGAUCUACGAGAAGGAGAACUUCGGCGGCCAGAUGCACGAGCUGAUGGACGACUGCGAGUCCCUCCAGGACCAGUUCUUCAUGUCGGACUGCCAGUCCUGCAACGUGAUGGAGGGCCACUGGCUGAUGUUCGAGCAGCAGAACUACAGAGGCCGCAUGAUGUACGUGAGGCCGGGGGAGUACAGGAACCUGCGGGACAUGGGCCUGAGCAACAUGAUGAGGAUCAGCUCCAUCCGCCGCAUCAUGGACAUGUGCUGA